AUGGCGACCAGUCGUUCUAAUGUCUUCAACUCCACCGGCUCAAUCACAGCCAGCGGCGAUGCGAGAAUUCAUGUCGGCAACAGCCACCGACAUUUACACAUCCACAGCGAGGCGGUCCGAGAGGAGACAGAGCAGCUGCGGAUCUCAUUUCUCCAGCGCCUGCGCGCCUGCCCGUACGAAGAACGAAAGAACCGGAAUCCUCAGCGCGCUGAAGGAACAUGCGGGUGGUUUACCAGGCACACGCGCUUCCAAAAUUGGCGACGCCAGCGAUCGGCUCUGCUCUGGGUAUCCGCCGACCCAGGAUGCGGAAAGUCCGUCCUGUCGCGGUACCUGAUUGACGCUGUUCUGCCUGUUAGCGAUGACAGAAUCGUUUGCUAUUUCUUCUUCAAGGAUGAUUUCGAGGACCAGAGGACACUCAGUAUUGCAUUGCGCUGCAUACUGCAUCAGCUCUUUCGGCAGGAACCGUCUCUGUUAUCGAGUGAAGUCCUCAAACAUCGCUGUGCGAGGGAGAUCGUAUGCAUUCUGGAUGCAUUAGACGAGUGUUCUGAUUCGAAGCAGCUCAUCGAGGCCUUGACUGCCACAUUUGUCGGAGGGCAAGGAACACAUCGUCUCAAGGUCAUCGCCACAAGCCGACCGUACCGCAUAAUCCGAUCGGAUUUCGCGACACUGGAGGGUGUACAGCCAACGAUACAUCUAAGCGGUGAGAGCAAGGAGGAAGCGAAUCAGAUAUCCGAAGAAAUCAGCGUGGUCAUUCAGCAGCACAUAGCACAGCUUACGAAGCUACGCCAGCUCAGCUCCACGCAGGCAGAGUCACUCCGGGCAGCCAUGGCCGCUUCUGAGAAUCGAACUUAUCUUUGGGUUUAUCUGGUAUUCGCAGAUCUGGACAAAGCGAGCCUCCUCAACCAAUACGCGCUGCAAGAAGCAAUCGAAGCAUUGCCGCAAGAAUUGGACGAGGCUUACGAUGGGAUCUUGUCAAAGAGUGAAAACCCGGCACAAGUUCUCACGGUAUUACAAAUAAUCGUAGCAGCAGAGAGGCCGCUUCAUUUGCGAGAAAUGGCUGUUGCUUUGGCCCUUGGCGGGAAGGAAUAUCAUGCGUAUCAGGAGCUUGAGGCAGAUGUAUCCGACGCGACCCAGCUGCAACAAGAGAUACGGGACUUGUGCGGUCUAUUCAUUGUCGUUGUAGAUGAGCGACUAUUUCUAUUGCACCAGACUGCUAGGGAAUUCCUCGUUCGUCCAUCUUCCUGGACCGUCCAGCGGUUGAAAUGGCGGCAUGCCGUUGACCUCAGUCUCGCACAUGCAGUGCUUGCGGAUCUCUGCAUGCGAUACUUGCUACUUCAGCCAGCCUCGACGCUAGGACCAAAGGUUCGAGGAAUCCACAUUACAGGAGAACCAUUGCAGGAUUCUGUCUUUCUGGGAUAUGCAGCGCUUCAUUGGCCAGAACAUUAUCGACAUGGAGCUACCCAGGCUUCCAAUGAGCUUGACUCGAUGGCGCACACACUCUGUGUGCAACAGGAAUCCUGGCUUGGCGUGCAUACAUCUAACUGUGCGGUCGAUAGGCACGAUGAUAAACCGAUAACCCCAUUGGAGGUUGCGGCCUACUUCGGGCUCCAUCCCUUGAUUCAUCUGAUCGUGCCUCCUCUUGGAUCUGGACGGCGGGUGAACUGGUGGGAUGUAGGCCGAGCAUUGGCGCUUGCGAGCAGACACGGACAUGCCGCGUUUAUCGAAACUAUCCUGAAAUCGCAUAUUUCCGAGACCCAGGCCAAGGCCAGAACAUUCCAUAGCACUGAGAUGCUCGAUCGUAUUUCCCUAUUCAAGGGGAGAGCCUUGAUUCGUGCUACAACGCACGGCCACCAUCACAUUGUUGAAAUGCUGCUCGAGGCUGGCGCGGACGCAAAUUUCAUCGAAAACAACUCAUUUCUUAGCUAUCUGACGGGGAGGGCUAAAGCCACGCCUCUUUCAACUGCGGCUCGACGCGGAGACGACAGAAUUGUUAGGCUUCUUAUUCAGUAUGGGGCGAAUUCUGGGAUUGAGUCCAGCGGUGACACGGCACUUCUUCGGGCCACCAAGCAGGGUCACCACGAUGCCGUGGAACUACUUCUAAACCACGAUGCGGAGAUUGAUGCGGUGGACCCCGAUCGCCGCACAGCACUUCUGUGUGCAGUUGAGGCCGAAGCCCAGGCCAUCGUUUAUCUUCUGGUUACUCGAAACGCCAAU